GACUCGCGAAUCGCUGACGAAAUCGUCAGCAGUCUCUCGAGGCGGUGUCGACGAUGCCCGGCUGGGAAAUCACAGGAAAGCCACACGAGCGCGCACUGAGAUGAGAUGGGAGGAUCUGCUCGCGGGUGAGGAGGAGGACGACGACGAAGAAGAAGAAGAAGAAGAAGGCGAGGCGAUUCGGAUCGAGCAGCAUGGUGCACGACCUGACCGGUAAGGUGGCCCUGGUGACGGGAGCGUCGUCGGGGAUCGGGCGCGAGCUGGCGCUGGCUCUGGCGCUGCACGGGUGCAAUGUGAUCGCUUGCGCCCGCCGGUUGCCGCUGCUGGAGGCGCUGCGGGCCGAGGUGGCAGCGCUGCCGUGGGACGGGGCGAGCGGGGCUCCGCGGCCGGGGAAGCUGGCCGUGCUGCGCGUGGACGUGAGCGGCGAGGAGAGCGCGAUCGAUGCGGCGGUGGAGGAUGGGUGGAAGAUUUUCGAGGGCGGCAUCGACGUGCUGGUGAACAAUGCGGGAAUUCGAGGCCCCGUGAAGGAUCCGCUGGACCUCGACGAAGCGCUGUGGGAUGGCACUUUCAGGACGAACACCAAAGGGCCAUGGCUGAUGGUGAAGGCGGUGGGCAGGAGAAUGCGCGCGGCCGAGAAACAGGGCUCGAUUGUCACCAUCACCUCCACCGCCGGCUUGGAGAGGAGUAUGCUUCCGGGCGGCCUCGCGUACGGCGCGUCCAAGGCCAGCGCCAAUCAGCUGAGCAAGCUUCUUGCUUUGGAGUUGGGCAAGUACAAAAUUCGGUCCAACGCAAUUGCGGCCGGCUUGUUUCGAUCCGACAUCACCGACAAGCUUUUUGAGAAGGCCUGGUGGCCUAAGGUGGCCAAGAAGAUUGUUCCCAUGGGCCGAUGGGGCGUCGUCAAUCCGGACAUGACGUCUCUCGUAAUUCUUCUCGCGAGCGAUGCUUCCGCUUAUGUCACGGGAAAUCUCUUCAUCGUGGAUGGUGGGCAAAGUCUGCCGGCUGUCCCCGUCUGGUCCUCUUUGUAGGGCGGAAACUCUGGCGCGAUGCACGAGCGCCCUAUGGCGACUCUAUUUGUGAAUAGCUCAUCAAUAUUCCCAUUUCCAAUUCAUCAGCUCCUGAUUCUUUACGUUCUUAGGUUCGGAUGAAACAUUGAUUAUUGACAUACUUUGAAGUCUACACAGAACUCCUGAUCUGAUGUUUUGGGUGAUCUCGGAGAGCCACAAGGCUUUGAACUUCUGGGAUCCCUCGUCAUUAAAUGUAAGUAGGUAGGCAUUAUCACAAAGGACCAUCUGCUCUCCUGGCCACAGACUGAUUCUGGGACUCCUGUCGAGGAGGCUGAGUGAGAAUUCAGCCUCCUCGAAUUCAUCAGGCUGAGUGUGAAUUCAGCUUGAUUUAAAGGUUAGUGGAUGUAGCUUGAAAUGAUCACGGAAGGACUGCGAUGAAAGAUGAAAUCUCUAGACGGUUGGUUUCCAGUGCAGGGCAGUGUAAUUCUAUGAAUGAACGACUGGUAUCUCAAGUAUGAAAGUCCAGCAGAAAAUGAGUGUUAGGUUUGCAACCACAUCAUUUGUGCGGUGGAAAUAAAAAUACAUAUCCUGGUGUCAACUACCAGCCUUUUUAGCC